AUGGCUGUUCUUCCGCCGAUAACGAACGACAUUUACGCCGAAUUUCGGGACCUUCUUCGUAGUCCCCAAGUAUGCCGAUUCAACUUUGAACAACAAAAGUUCUACCAUACGGCCAAUAUUGAGAGCUGGCUGUCGCGCAAGCAAGGCGGCGUCCGUAAUGUCACGACACUCGCCGGCCAGGUCUACAAGUUCCACAAGGACUCUCAUGCAUUCGCCCCGUCUUCGGACAAUAUUCUCAAGAACCCAAUACUCUUUUCCAUUUUGGUCGAAAUGGAAUGCGGCCAUAUGUUCGAUGUGUUCUCGCGAUCGAUAACCUCGAGCGAAACGCUCUCGAGCCCUAUCCUCUCUGGCCACUACGAGUCGAUCGACGCGCAUCUACGGACCGAGUCUAUCAGACUACCGAAGAGAUACAAGGCUGGAGGGUAUAGUGAAGUGAUCCGCGCAUUCGAGCAGAACCGCUGGGCUUAUGUGUCUCUGCCGUUGCGUUACCAAGGACAGGCUACUUCCUACCCUCGGACAAUCCUCCCUUUUUUCUACAUGGAAGAGAUCAACGGUGGGGGCACAGCUGUGGUUUAUCAUUGCAAGAUACAAGUUGAUCUUGUAGGACCGGAAUUAAAAAAAGUUCUAGAACCCUCCAUGAAGAAUGAUCCAGAGCACGGUGCUUACUUAGAAUUUGCGGUCAAGUCAUACUUCAAGGGGCAUGAAUAUGUCUAUAGAGAAGAAAGUAACGCUUUCAAAGGGAUCAUGGAACAAGACGACCUCACUGUGGUUCGAUAUUUGGGUGAAUACCAUACUACCAAUGGUGACCAUCUUCACCACAUCCUUCUUGAGCUAGGAGAGAAAGACUUGGAGGAGUACAUGUGGGAGAGGUUUCCUCCUGUCUUAUAUCAAGAGAUAUUCGCCUUCUGGGCCAACUUGUUUAAAGUUGGCUUUACGCUUGACGGGAUCCAUCAACUCAAGCGUAAAGAUGAGGGUGGCAAUAGACAGAUCUUCAAAGGUUGGCAUGGAGAUAUCAAGCCUGACAAUAUCCUCUCAGUUCGUGGCCAGUUCAAACUAGCCGAUUUUGGGUUUGCGAGAUUUGAACAAGAUGGUGAUAAAACGGAGCUCAUGGGUGGAACGCGAACAUUCGGUGCUCCUGAACGUGACGGUAGCGGCAGCAGUGCCGACGCCGGCAACAUGCACUCCCAAAGCAUCGAUACCUGGUCGCUCGGCUGCGUGUUCUCUGUUGUCGCAACAUGGGUAAUACUAGGCCCGACAUCCUACCAGACCUAUGGAUUCAUCCGCCAGGGUGCCAUCAAGACUCUUCGUGAACACGGCCGAGGGUUGUCGCAUCCACCAGGUCCCAACUGCGAUGACGCGUUUCACGAUGGAUCGAACGUCCUUCGUGUUGUUACAGACUGGCACACGCAUCUACGAAACUCAGUCAGAGCCUCCGACACAAUAUCUUGUCAAGUCCUAGACCUAGUUGAUAACGAGAUGCUUCUCAGCAACCCAGAGAGAAGACUAUCCGCUGCUGAGUUAAAAACCAGGCUAAAAACCAUUCUUGCUAAGGCAGAAUCCGAUUAUGACACAUUAGUGAAAGACGGAAAGUUGGCAAAGGAGUCUAAGAGGAUACAGAAAGCCUUGCUCAAAUUUGACGAAGCAGCGCCUCAGUCUGCGCAAUCGCUCUCUCAAACAGAGGCAAAAUACCUAUUCACGCAUCCAUCAGCAGCUGGCCACUCCGGCCGGGGGCUAUCGGCAAUUCACAAAUCAAGAACGAAUCGAGUCCAAAAAUCCGAAGCGUUGAAUAGGAUUGUGUAUGGAAAAACUGCCAAUCGGGAAGAAGUUCUGAACACUAACAGACUAAAAAUUCCAAACACGCCUUCAUCUCAUGCAACGAAUGGUACCUCUGACAAGUCGUACUAUGCCGACGAAAAAGAGAAGGCGGUCGACUGGAGUCCAGGCAAUAUCCAGCAAUCCCUCUCAUUUCAAGGGCCGAAACAAAGCUCUCCAAGUUCCAUGUCAAUCUACUCGGGGAAGAGCACACAGGUCGUGAGAACUGCCAUCGACGAAGAAUACGACAAACUUAAUGAACAAUGGAAACGAAACCCUUGGAAUUUGUUCAUAAACAAAAUUCCCAAAGACAACUUUCUUCAAAGCUUUAUAAUGGAUCGAGAUAUCAUUUUCGUAGUCGACAAUGACCCAACCAUGACCCCUCACUGGUCAGAUGCUAAGCGAACAUUGUUGACACUAGCAAUGAAAAUUGGUCCGCUUGAUAAGGACGGGCUAGACCUUCGUUAUUCCUGUGGGAAUCAUGGGUUUUUGAGCAACAUCAAAGGAUACGACAUCAAGUCCAAAUUCAGUGCAUCUAUGGAUGAAGUUGAGCGCAGAAUACACGAAGGUAUUCGCACUGAUAUGUGUGCAGCACUCUCCAAAGUUUUCGAUGAGUAUAUCGAUGGAGAUGGCAAGAAGAGGCAGACUCUCAUCAUAUUAACAAAUGGGAAGUGGGAAGGAUCAAGCAACAAAAGAGAUGUAGAAGAUCUGAUAAUCAAAUUCAUCAAACGCCUAGAAAAAAUCAAGGAUCGGAUGGAGGAUCGUUGGUUCAGCAUUCAGUUCGUCUCUUUUGGAGAUGAUGAGAAUGCACUGAAGCGGCUGGCUUUUCUCGACGACGAACUUGAAGCCCGAAAAGAUAUCGUUGACGCCAAACCAUGGAAUUGCCAAGAUGUCAACGAGCUAAUCCUCGGAAGCAUAACGCAGGGUGGAGACGACAAAACACCAGUCACGUCACCUGUGUCCAAAUCUGUUUCACCAAACAUCAAUACGACACCUACACGAGAGGGUCGGUUUACCAGAAUUAAAAACAGUUUGAAGCGUUCAGAACCAUUCUAG